AUGAAUGAAAAGAUCUCUGAAGAACCAGGAGAUCCAUUGGCCCCAUUUGGAUCUCUGACAGAGAAGAAAUGGGGGAACAACACCCAACAGAUGAAGGAGCUGGAAAAGGGUCUCCUGCUGCUCAGCCUGGGAGAUGUGGGGAGAUCUGGGCAAGAACCAGGCAGAAGAUCCUGGAGGAGGAAACCAUCAGUUCAGAGGUCCAGUGCUGGAACUUCAGGAAUGUCCACUACCAGGAGUCCAAGGGGCCCCGAGAGCUUUGCAGCCACCUCCACCACCUUUGCCAUCAGUGGCUGCAGCCAGAAAGACGCACCAAGGCUCAGAUGUUGGACCUGGUGAUCCUGGAGCAGUUCCUGGCCCUGCUGCCCCUGCAGAUGGAGGGCUGGAUACGGGAAUGUGGGGCAGGGACCAGUUCCCAGGCGGUGGCCCUGGCCGAAGGCUUCCUCCUGAGCCAGGCGGAGGAGCAGAAGCAGGAGGAGCUGCAGAGAUUCUGA